AUGAGGAGAGGAGGAAUGGGUUUGGAGAGGAGCACAGGGUCGCUCCUCCGUGCGCUCGUCCUGUGGCUCCUUUACGCACGGACCCUCGGGCAGGUGUUCAACCUGACCCUCUCCGUCAAAGAGGGUCUGCCCACCAAGACCAUCGUUGGGGAUCUGGGAGCGGGUCUCACCAGGCCCAGCACCGGGUUCUUCAUCUCGGAGAGCAGAGACUCGGACGUGUUCAGGGACCUGGAGAUCGACGCGGACACCGGGAUCAUCUCCACGGCUGUGGUGCUGGACCGGGAGAGCAGGGACAGGUACGAGUUCGUCGCAGCCACCCUCACAGGCGAGAUGAUACAAGUGAAGAUUGAGGUGAAGGAUGUGAACGACCACUCGCCAGUGUUCCCCAAGGAGGAGGUCGACCUGCAGAUAUCCGAGUCGAGCCCCCGGGGGAGUCGGUUUCAACUUGAGGGGGCCACAGACGGGGAUGAGGGUGAGUUUGGCACCCAGGGGUACAGGAUCACAGAGAGCGAGAUGGGGGAGUUGUUCCACCUGGAUUAUCGCAGCGGAUCUGAGAAGCACACGAGCCUGGAUCUCGUCCUGGACAUUAAACUGGACCGAGAAACGCAGGACUUCUACUCCCUGAGCAUCGAGGCCUUCGAUGGAGGCGUCCCAGCCAGGACCGGGACCCUGCAGGUCAACAUCCUCGUCCUGGAUGAGAACGACAACCCACCCGUGUUCAACCAGACUGAAUACCACGCCUCGGUGCGUGAGGACGCCGAGGUCACGUCUGCUGUUUGUCAAGUGCACGCCACCGACCUCGACCUGGCGGACAACGGCCGGAUCACCUACGAGAUCAACAGGCGUCAGAGUGACCCGAGCGAGGUGUUCUCCAUCAACGAGACCACGGGGGUGGUUUACCUCAACAGGCCGCUGGACUUUGAGACCCAAGCUUUCCACGAGUUGAUCGUCAGCGCCAGAGACAACGGCGCUCAGCCCGAGUCCAGCAGCACCUUCGUGGGUGUGAAAGUGGUCGACAUCAACGACAACAGUCCCACCAUCAGCAUCCUGUUCCUCAGCGAGACCGGGGAGGCGCUGGUGUCGGAGGCCGCAGCCGUCGGGGACUACGUCGCCCGGAUCUCAGUGUCAGACCCCGACCUGGAGGAGGAGGUCGGGGUCACCGUCACACUGGAGGGAGGGGACGGGAAGUUUGACCUGAAGCAGACAGACGAUUUCCUCUACGCUCUGUGUGUCAAUGCCGAGUUGGACAGGGAGGAACGUGACCUCUAUGAGCUGAAGGUUCGAGCAUCAGAUCUUGGCAGUCCACCUCUGACCAGUGAGACGGUGUUUCUCCUGAAGGUGGCCGACACCAACGACUCCCCCCCGACUUUUGAUAAGGACAUGUUCGUCCUCAGCAUCUCAGAGGACGCUCCGCCCGGCAGCUCCCUGCUCCAGAUGCAGGCCCGAGAUGCGGAUGAAGGCCUCAACUCGGAGGUCAGAUACUCCAUCCUCAGGUCCAGCCAGGACAGUGUGGUCAGCAUCCACCCGGAGUCGGGCCUGGUCACCACGGCUGCGGUGCUGGACAGGGAGACGCAGAUGGAGGUGUGGUUCCUGGUGGCGGCAGUGGACGGAGGGGAGCCGGCUCUGUCGUCCACGGCAACAGUCACCGUGCUGGUGGAGGACGUCAACGACAACGAGCCGGUGUUCCAGCAGCAGCUGUACAACGUGUCCGUACCAGAGCACGCUGCCAUCGGAAGCUGCUUCUUACAAGUCGUGGCCACAGAUGCAGACAGCCCUGACUUCGGCACCGUGCUCUACUCGUUGUCCGAUGGUUUCGACAAACAGGACGAACACCCGCUCUUCCAAAUCCAGCCUCAGACCGGAGAGCUGUGUGUGUCUCAGGAUAUCGAUCGAGACACGGGACAGACGGUCCACGACAUCCUGAUCAAAGCUGAAGAUCCAGACGGCCUGAGUGCUCAAACCUACGUGCACAUUGAGAUAGAAGACCUGAACGACAACGCUCCGGUGUUUAACCCUGAUGAGUACACCGUGAGCAUCAGCAGCCACGCCCAGCCGGGCACAGACAUCCUCACCGUCAUCGCUACCGACCGAGACUCUGGCAGCUUUGGACAGGUCACCUACAACAUCCUCCCUGGGGACGUGUCCAGUUUGUUUGCACUGGAUAAACAAUCAGGAAUGCUCUUCCUGACCUCCACACUGACCCACCUCGGUGCCGCCAGCGUCAAACUCUCAAUAUCAGCGCAGGAUGGGGGGGGUCUAACGUCGCUCAGAUCUGCACAGGUCACCAUCAACAUCCUGCGCAGCGCUCAGGCUCCAGCUGUGUUCCAGAGGUCGCGCUACUCCUUCACUGUGCCGGAGGACGCCCCCCCGGGGACGUCUGUGGGGACGGUGGCGGCCACACACCUGGCAGAUGCUGAGGAAUCUGUGUCCUACCGAAUCUCUUCAGGCGAUCCUCUGAGUUUGUUCUCAGUUCAUCCAAAGUCCGGCCUGAUCAGCAGCACCGAGCUUCUGGACCAUGAGUCGCAGCCGUACGCCCUGCUGGUUCUUCAGUCCUACACCAACACGUCUCCCGUGUACAGCACCACUCAGGUCAACAUCACCAUCGCUGACAUCAAUGACAACGCUCCUGUCUUCCCCAAACUCGGUGACUCCAUUACUUUGUCCCAGAACACUCUCCCGGGAACAGUGUUGUUCAUCGCUCAUGCACAUGACCUGGACAGUGGAGCCAACGGGAGGGUGCAGUACUACCUGAAGAGCAACAGGAAUGGUUUAUUUGUUGUCGACCCCGACCGCGGGACUGUGACGUUAAACCAGAGUUUACAGGUGGAUCAUCAGCAGAGGUACAGCCUGGAAAUCGUGGCGAGAGAUGAAGGAGAGUUUUCCCUGAGCUCCACUCUGACUCUCACCGUCAAUGUGGACCGCUCGGCUGCUGAGGACAGCCUGGCCUUCGAGACGUUGGUCUACCAGGUGGAGAUAGGCGAGGGAUACCGGAAAGAUUCCAGGGUCAUCCAGGUGAGGGCGCACCGGACCCGGGGGGCUCACACGUCAAACUCCGGCCUCACCUACUCCUUGGAGGCAGAAGCUGGGUUCCCUCCAGCUCCAUUUCGUGUUCAUCCAAAGACGGGAUGGUUGUAUCUUUCCUUCAACUUGGACUACGAGACAGAAUCCGAGUAUCGUUUUCGUGUGACGGCCGUAGCCAAUGACGCGUCGCUGGCAAACACCACGGUGACAGCCACGGUGAUUGUGCUGGUGCUGGACAUCAAUGACAACGCUCCAGUGUUCAGCAGUGACGUCUACUUCUUCACUGUGUCUGAGGGGUCGUCACCUCAAGGCCUGGUGGGAACAGUGAAAGCCGUGGAUAAUGACUCUGGGAAAAAUGCUCAGCUGUCCUACAUCCUGCUCUCGGAUGGGAAGUUCUUCCGCAUCAACUCUAAAACAGGUGAAAUCAUCAACUGGGUGGCACUGGACCGGGAGCAGCACAGUCAGCACAGCCUGAAGGUGAUGGUUACAGACCAGGGUCACCCUCGACUCAACGCCACCGCCAGCGUUCAGAUCCUGGUCACCGACGUCAAUGACAACGCUCCGCAGUUUACACACCUGCCUACCAGCAGAGAGCUCAACUUGCAGAUUUGGGCCGAUCUACCAACAGGAUCCUUGGUGACAAACAUGUUUGCCAAAGAUUUAGACGCAGGAGAGAAUGGAACCGUUUCCUUCUCAUUGGUCACAGCUGGUUCUGAGGCUGAUGAUCUCACACACUUUGAGAUUGACAGUAAAAGUGGAGACAUCAGCACCACAGAGCUUUUCAGCCACAACACACAACCGUUCUACACCAUUAGAGUAACGGCCAGGGACAGUGGAGCCACGUCUCUGGAGGACACUGCUGUCAUCCACGUACAGGUUCACGGGUUAGAGGCUCUGUUUGGACACGGCGAUCACCAAAUCAUCCGGCGCUUCACGGUGAGAGAGGAUGCAGAGCUGGCCACCAUCGUCGGCUCGGCCAGUGUUUCAGACGAAGGGAAGUUCCACUAUUCCAUCUCCGAGGGGGACGGGAGCGUCCACUUCGGCAUCGACGCCUCCUCUGGUUACAUAUACGUCAACCAGCCGCUGGACUACGAGUCGGCCAUGCAGUACCUCCUCAUGGUCCGAGCUGAAGACGUUGGAUUGGCUCCUGGAGCAAACGUGUCCGUGCUGGUCAGCGUGAUGGUGGAGGACGUGAACGACCACACCCCCUGGUUCCGGGACAAACUGGUGACGUUCGGGUUGAGGGAGGACGCCGCAGUCGGGUCACUGGCGUUUGCUUUCCACGCCAGAGACGCUGACGGGACCCUCCCUAACAGCGACCUCCGCUACACUCUGACCUUUGACCCUGGUUCCUCCUCACGCGUGCCCUUUAAGAUCAACCCUCGCACAGGAAGCCUGACGGUGGCGGCACCUUUAGACAGAGAGACCACUCCCAGCUUUGCCUUCACCGUCACAGCCACCGACCAGGCAGAGAGCCGGGAGCAGCGUAGACAGACGUCAGUCACGGCUCAGAUCUUCCUGCUGGACGCCAACGACAACAGACCAGUGUUUGUGUCUGUGGACACGGCUCCGGUGAUGGAGGACGCAGAGGUGGGGAGUCUGCUGCAUCACUUUGUGGCCAUCGAUGGAGAUAAAGGGGAAAAUGGACUCGUCUCCUACGCAAUCACAGCUGGAAACACCAAUGGAUUCUUCGCACUAGAGGAGAAAACAGGUCUGUUGUUCCUCUCGGCUCCUCUGGACUAUGAGACCCAGCGCCUCCACCUCCUGACCGUCCGUGCCGUGGACCACGGCCUCCCACAGCUCUCCUCCACCCAGACCCUGAAGGUGGAGGUGGAGGACGUGAACGACCAGCCCCCCGUCUUCAGUCAGAGCGUCUACAAUGCCAGUGUGGCGGAGAACAGAGACCCCGGAGAACCGGUGGUCAGGGUGUCGGCCACAGACAAGGACUCAGAGGAGAACGCCGUGGUGUGGUACAGUCUGUUGCCGGGUCCCGGCUACGAGCUCUUCGGCAUCAACCCUUACACCGGCCUCAUCACCACCACCUCCUACCUGGACAGGGAGCAGCAGCAGCACUACACUCUCAGGGUUCAAGCUCGUGACAGCAGCACGCGGCCUCUGACCGGCACGGCCACAGUGACGUGCUCGGUGCUGGACGACAACGACAACCCUCCGGAGUUCAUGCACUCGUCCUUCCAGAUCAGCCUGCCAGAGAACCUGCCGCCUGGGAUCGUCCACACUGCUCAGGCCUCCGAUCCGGACAACGGAGAAAAUGGAACGAUACACUACUCCAUACAAGGUGACGACUACAGAGGUCGCUUCACCAUCAACAGUCACACGGGCGUCGUCAGCACCACGCAGCUCCUGGACCGUGAGGAAAAGCAGAACUACACACUCAACAUACAGGCCCGGGACUACGGCCCCACCCCUCUCAGCUCCUCCACCCAACUCCAGCUGCUGCUGCUGGACCAGAACGACAACAUCCCCUCGUUCAGGAGCAAGAGUUACCACGCCUCCGUCAGCGAGGGCCUACCGGUCGGAGCUGAGGUCCUGCGAGUCGCCGCCGUCGACCCUGACGAGGGUUCCAACGGGGACAUCACCUACUCUCUGACAGACGACAGCAGCCAGGGGGCGUUCUCUGUGGACGCCGGCACGGGAGUGAUCCGCAUCACCAGGGCUCUGGACCGAGAGAGCAGGGCUCAGUUCACCUUCAGAGCCGUGGCCACGGACGGCUGCACCCAGGGGCCUCUGAGCUCCAUGGCGUCUGUGACCAUUCAGGUGGAGGACGUCAACGACAACAUGCCGGUGUGUGACCAGAAUCCCAUCAAUGCCUGGGUCUCCAUGAGGACUCUCCCGAACCAGAUAGUCACCACGGUAACGGCAAGAGACGAAGACCAGGGUGAGAACGGGACGAUACACUUCAUCUUGUCCGAUGAAGAAAACCUGUUCGACAUCAACGCUGAGUCGGGGGAGAUUUCCCUGCGGAGGCGAGUGAGAGCAGGUUUCUCGGGGAGGAAGCUGCAGGUUGAGGUUUCCGACCGAGGACGACCCGCUCUCACCUCCACCUGCUUGGUCUUCAUCCACCUGAAGGGAGAACAUGAAGGACUGCAGUUCACCAACAAGGUGUACAACAGCACUACCAAGGAGAACAGUAGAGCCGGCACCUGGAUUGCCAAAGUGGAGGCCAGCGACCAAACCAACAGCAGACAGAGGAUCACCUACACCAUCUUCAGUGGCAACGAGAACCACGUCUUUUCCAUUAACCGUCACACAGGGGAGAUCCGGCUGCAGAAAGACAACUCUCUGGACUUCGAGGCGAGCCCAGAGAUCCAGCUGGUGGUGCUGGCUGACAACGGGCUGCAGAUGGCUCACUGCAGGGUCUCCGUCACGCUGCUGGACAUCAACGACAACGCCCCUCUGUUUGAACACAGCAGCUACAGGACCGCUGUGUGGGAGGGGCAGGUGCACAACACCUACAUCAUGCAGGUGUUUGCCUCUGAUGCUGACAGUGGAGAGAACGGGCAGAUUGAAUACUCCAUCGUGUCCGGUAACCAUAACGACGCCUUCAUCUUGGACUCGGUGCGAGGGAUCCUUGCUACCAAUGUUGUUCUGGACCGCGAGAUCACUCCGUCAUACAAGCUGGUUCUGCAGGCAGCAGACAGGGGGACCCCUCCACUCAGCAGCACCACCACCAUCAGGGUCCAAGUGGUGGACGUCAACGACAACAGCCCGGCCAUUCCCCCCAUGGAGCCUGUGCUUAUAGCCGAGAAUCUGCCGGCAGGUUACAUGGUCACCCAGGUAACGGCGAACGACGUGGACCUGAGCUCAACGAUCACCUACAGCUUCACAGACAACCUCAGCACCAGCAGCCCCUUUGCUAUCGACCGCUACACGGGCGUCAUCACUCUGACUCGAGCGCUGGACCAUGAGGAACGGACAGAGUACACGCUGACCGUUUGGGCGUCCGACACCAUCCACCAGACCACAGGGGAGGUCACAGUUCAAGUGCUUGACGUCAAUGACAAUCCUCCAGUCUUCACUCAGGUCUCCUACAAGGUGGAGCUGUCGGAGUUGGUCUCCACAGACACGUUAGUGGCGUCGGUGUCGGCCACUGACAGAGACUCUGGACUCAAUGGGGAGAUCACCUACCGACUGCUUUCCUCUCCUCUACAGGGCUUCUACAUCCAGCCAGACAAUGGUUCGGUUUUCACCAACAGGCCCCUAAAGGCCAUAACUCACAGCAACCUGAUCCACCUUCUGGUCGAGGCAAGCGAUGGAGGCGACCCCAUCCGCUCCACUGUCACCUCCAUAGACGUACUGAUUCUGGAUACCAACGACCAUGCACCACUGUUCCACCAGGACAUCUAUACCCUCACUGUCCCAGAGGACACCCACACAGACACCACCCUCCUGACGCUGUCUGCAGACGACCAGGACUGGAGCCCCGAGAAUACCCACAUGGACUAUACCAUCAUCAGGGGAAAUGAGGAGAAGAGAUUCUGCCUGGAAGUCAAAAUGAUUCAAGUGGAAAAUCAGAUGAAGAAUUUGGGAAAACUUGUUCUGUGUAACCCGUUAGACCGUGAGACCACCGAGAGCUACGCACUGACCGUCAGUGUCUCUGACCGAGGACAUCCUCCACUGAACAGCUCUGCCGUUAUCAUGGUGACCGUGACGGACUGCAAUGACAAUGCGCCUGUCUUCUCAAACAUCGAGUACCACGCACAUGUGAGUGAAAACAGCCAAGUCGGUACGAGGCUGGUGCAGGUCACUGCUCAAGAUCUUGACCUGGGAACCAACGGCCUGUUGCGGUAUGACAUUAUCUCUGGGAACAGCAAAGGUCACCUCAAGCUUGACCCUCAUUCUGGCCUUUUAGUCGUCAACCACUCCCUUGACUAUGAGGAGGACUCAAAAUACACCCUCACUGUUAGAGCGUCUGACGGCGGUGACUCAUCUGAAGAACACAACAUUGCUUUUACGGUCGUCUUCAUCACAGUGCUGGAUGAAAAUGACAACACUCCAUACUUUGUGUUCCCUACCAUUAACUGCUCUGUGUUGGAGAACUUGCCGGCAUUUACCCACGCCUGUUCGGUCCUCGCCGUUGACAAUGACCUGGGGCACUAUGGCCAGCUCACCUACUCAAUAACGUCUACUUGCUUCAUGGACUAUGGCAGCGGCAGCCCCGACAGGAAGGAGGCCUUUGCCAUUGACCCCCUCACGGGCAAUAUUCUCACCAGACAGACCUUUGACUUUGAGCGCGAGAGUGAGUACUGCUUUAUAGUGGAGGCCAGGGACAAAGGCGACAAAGCGGCGACGGUGAGAGUGCAGGUGACCAUCAGCGGAGUGGAUGAGUUCAGUCCCGUCUUCACCCAGAAGCAGUACCACUUCCUACUGGCCGAAAAUGUCCAGCACGGAGAGACGGUGGGUUACGUGAUGGCGAUGGACCACGAUGGCGGGGUGGAUGGGAUGGUGCAGUACUCCCUGGUGAACUCCUCGCCAUUUUUCUCAAUGAACAAAACAAUUGGUGCAAUCUUUGUGUCAGGUCCUGUGUUUCGCAGAAGAGGCCAAGCCGGUGAGGACAUGGUGGAGCUGGUGGUAUCUGCAGGUAGUCCCAGACUGGGCUCCAAGUCCACCACCUGCUUGGUGUUUGUCAACAUCUCCAGCUCAGCAGAGGCACUGACCGGGGUUCCCCUGGAUGCACACAUGCUCAGUCUGAGUGUGUCUUUAAUCACUUUCCUCCUCGUUCUUCUCAUUUUUGUGGCCCUGGUUCUUCGGUACAAGCUUAAAGAAACUGCAAUCAAGAAGGCUGCUUCCAUUGCCUCAAACUUGAACCAAUGCACAGGCUCAUUCAGCAGAUCCAGCAGCCAAAGUAUAAUCUCUCUUCAGGAGAUUAAACGGCCCAGUAUUGUGGUGACGAAGAGCGACGUAUCAAGCCCAUACAAUCAGUCUGAGUCCAGCGGUCGGGGGUCAGCAGAAGGUGAGACGGCCGAAGACCAGGAGAUCAAAUGGAUUAAUGACUACCCCUGUCGUAAAAGGGAUGCAUCUGUGAAAUGCAUGAAGAUCCCAGACUCUGCCUUACCUGGAGAUAAUAUGUCCUGCCACUCGAUCGAAGUAGGGCCAGAGCAUAUUUUAUCAAUGAAUAAAAGUUUUGUCUCAGGAUUAGCCAGCACAGAAAGCCUCCACCACUUCAGAGAAGAGGGAGGGGGUGAGGGACUGCUGCCUGCAAUCCUUAGGGUGAGGGACAUGGAGGAGAACAUGGGGACCAGAGGAUACGCUGCCCUGUCUGAAGCCAAUGACUUAGCAGAUUCUUACUCUUCACUGCUGGGCCUAGAGGAGCAGAUGCAGGGCAGCUACACCUGGGACUACCUACUGGACUGGGAACCAAACUACCAGACACUGGCGUCCGUCUUCAGCGAUAUCAGUAUGCUCCCUGAUGAGGAGCUUCAGGGUGGUCGAGAGGAGUUUGCAGAGGAAUCCAGCUGUCUCAUGUACCCACCACCUUUAUUAACCGGGGUGGCUCAGCCUGGCAUCAGGACUGUACCUACACGAAAGCUGGGCCGUGUGCCAACCCUGAGCAGGAGGGCCUCCUGCCGCAGAUAUGCAUAUUCCCCCUUAGCCAGGAACACUGGACUUACACCUUCAGCCAUGACACCGACUUUCUCUCCAUCACUGUCAUCUCUCACCAUGAGGACCCCCAGUGCCUCACCAGUUGUCUCUGACACUGGGGUGGGGGGGAUCAGACUUGAUUCAGGGCCCCAUACUGCAAGCCUAUUGGAGGCAGAGAUACAGGUGUAG